GUGCGCGCGUGUGUGUGCGCAGCGCGUGUGUGCGUGUGCGCGCGUCUACAGGUAGCAGCGGCGGCGGGGACCCGAGCAGGGGACGCUUCGGCAGCUACCUCCCGCCUGUGAUUUUUCGGAGGCGAUUGCUCACUUAGCUGACGGAUCUGUAGCCCCGGGAGAUCUCGUCCUCUCCAUUUCCACGCUGUUUAGGCGUCUUCCGUUUCAAGUGUGUGUUUGGGGUAUUUUUUUUUUUUCUUUUAGAUGUUUUUCGUCUCCCACUAAAUCUUCUCGGGAAUACUGCAUAUCGAAGCAGGUGGUUCCUGGUACGAAAUCUUUGGAUACAUUUUAUUUGCCAAGUUUUGCUUCUCCCUAUCCCCUCCCGCUUUGAGAGGCAUCCUUGGUGCUUUUCUUUCGGAUUUACAUGCAGAAAACGUAUCUAUGUUUAUAUGCCGACCGGAUAAUUUAUAAGUACGUACAUAUACGCGUGCCCAAGCACCUGGCUUUCGUCUCCUUCCCGACCAGGAGGAAUGUUUUGGAGCCCAUGGAUAAGGAGCACAGUAUUAACAUUCUUCUAAGGCUGUUUUUCAAAAAGGGGAGGGAGCGUGAAGAAUUGUUUAACAUUCGGCCGCCGUUUGGCUGCACACUAAGCACCACGAAGUAUUUAUGGUUGCAGAUCAGGUGCAAACGGGGCUUACAGAGAAAGGUAAGGGAGCUUCCUGCGUCCACCCGUCCCGACGUUUAUCUUAAUUCCCGGGAUUACCGAAAACUUCCUUCCUACUCCUUGCCUGACCCUGGCCUCCCCCAGCUCCCCCACCCCUGCCCGCGGUCUCUCCGGUUCGCUUAACCCUUGUCCAGUUCCUUUGGGCUGAGAAUGGUAGUGGUGGCGUCGACAGUACUGGAGGUGGAAUCGUCUGUUUGAGUUUAAAUGCGUCUCUCUUUUUUUCCCCUUUGAGUAACUGAGUUUUCCAAUCCCCCUUUUUAGCAGUCUCAAGAAAUGUUAUUUUGUCCUUAAAAAAAAAACAACCCGUUACGUAGAUAACUGCUUUAACCAUGUAUUGGUGCCAACUCCUCACCGGUGUCCUCUGGAAAAAUAAUAAAAGCAAUAAAAAUGAUGAACUUUAAUGAGCUGGGUGGUUUCUUCAGUACUGAGGGACAUGGAACCUCUCAAAUGAUUCUUUUCAUUAAAAAAAAAGAAAAAAAGAAAAAAGAAAAAAGAAAGAAAAACCGGGGAAAAAAACCCAAAUCAAUACCACGGGAGGAGGCCACAGUGAAGAAAAUUCGGCUUCCAUUUCUGCAUAAAGCAAUUCAUUUCACUUGGAGGGUAAUUCGCCAGAGUUUCGAGAGAUGAAGCGAAGUCUCCCGUGGGAGAACCUACAGCACUUAAUUCCUGCUCAAAUGCAUCCUUUUCCUCUACGACGAGUGAGUCCUUGUUUAUCUCCCCAUCCAGGGGCACAUUUUCUGAGCUCAUCUCUUCGGAGAGAGGUGCGAUCUUCCUCUCGGGGUUUCUUCUCUCCACCCAGCCUCCCUCCUUCCCCGCUGGGCUCCUCCAGCCCCGGCAGUUUGUAAACUGCCCGCUGUGCCACCCCUCCCGGUAGGCGUUCUCGCUGCUGCUCUCCACUCCGACCCCCGCUGUCCUUUCUUCAUUGGCGCUUUCGGAGCAGAUGCAUCUUUUUUCCUUGGGCUCCCUCUCCCGCCUCCUCCCCUCCCCACACGCCCCGCGGCUCCCCACCUGCCCUGCUCCCCUGGCUGCUGCCCACCCUCAAUUCCCGUCCCAGCCUGCAGGCCGGCGGGGGGCGCAGAGUCUGGGGGCCCAGGACCCCGCCGCCGGAGCCGAGCCGGUGCCCGGAGACCCGGCGGGAAGGGCGAGCCGGAGCGGGGCUCGAGGCCGGAGCCCGUCGGAGCCAGGGAGACCCGGAGAGCGGAGGGAAAGAGUGGAGUGCCAGGCGCGCGCUGGCCGGGCCCGGCGGACGGGUGCAGUGGUUUCCAAAUCCUUAGAGCGGCGCCCCGUCACUGUCACUGCAGCUUUUCACCCUAGAGCUGUGCCCUGGGACCGGAGACCCCGAGCUGGGAGAUCGUCUGAGAGGUAUCCUAGAAAGAAAGAACAGAUUACUAGCGUGCGGGGAGGGCUUCCUGGCAAAACGCGAGGCUGAGCAGAUGGAGGAACAAUGCCGCCUCCAGAAGCGAAGCCUCGCCUGAGCCCUUGAGAGCGCGGAGCAGCCGCGGCCAGCCUCCUGCUCUCUCCCCAGGCCCUCCGGCUCCAUCUCGGGUGGCUUCCGCCUCGUAGUUUGACAGAAAUAAGAAAGUUGCUCUUCUUCUCCACAACGUCUCCUGCGAGGUGCUUUUCAGAUCCGCGUGGUUCCAGUCAAGAUGUCACUUUUAGAUCCCCCGCGUUGAGCAACUAAUACAUUAUGCAGUAUUGGGCAAUAAACUCUCCCGGGAAGAGAAGGUAGUCCAAACAUUUAAACUGCUCUCCACUGACUCCUGUCUGCCUCAGGACAAUGCCUUGAUAUAGACCCGCAGCUAACUGGAUUUGAUUUAUAAGAAGGAAAUCUACAGUCAAUGGCCACUCUGCCACAUUGCUACUAUGGAAAACAGAAUGGUCAAUAGGACAUAGUCUGAUAAACACUGAUGAUUGAAAAUGCUGCUUCAAUACGUGUGAAAUCAAUGGGAGAUGCUUGCUGCAUGAAGAGCUUUCUGAGCUUUUCUCCAGAAGUUCACCUUUGAAAAAUUGGAGGCAUAACUAGCAAUAUCCAGUCUUUCUCAAGUGGAUAUAAAUACAUUUGCCUCACUGAAACCGGACAACUAGACAACUAAUGUGGGACCAUGGCACUUGCCAGAUGCAUGUGGCCAAAUUAUGUUUGGAGAGCAGUGAUGGCAUGUUUGGUACACAAGGGAUUGGGUGCCUCGUUGACUCUCUGUAUGUUGGGAAGUUUGCUUCAGGCUGCCCACGUGCUUUCAGAAAAAUUGGAUGAUGUGGAUCCACUGGUGACUACCAACUUUGGCAAGAUAAGAGGGCUUAAGAAAGAACUCAAUAAUGAAAUUUUGGGGCCUGUUAUUCAGUUUCUUGGGGUUCCAUACGCAGCUCCACCAACCGGAGAACAUCGUUUUCAGCCUCCAGAGCCACCAUCUCCGUGGUCAGAUAUCAGGAAUGCCACUCAGUUUGCUCCUGUGUGUCCCCAGAAUAUUAUUGAUGGCAGAUUGCCAGAAGUCAUGCUUCCUGUGUGGUUUACUAAUAACUUGGAUGUAGUUUCAUCAUAUGUGCAAGACCAGAGUGAAGACUGCCUGUAUUUAAACAUAUAUGUCCCAACCGAGGAUGAUAUCCGGGACAGUGGAGGCCCCAAACCAGUGAUGGUAUAUAUCCAUGGUGGCUCAUACAUGGAAGGCACUGGAAAUUUAUAUGAUGGGAGUGUCCUGGCAAGCUAUGGCAAUGUGAUUGUCAUCACGGUCAACUAUCGACUGGGGGUACUAGGUUUCUUGAGUACAGGGGACCAGGCUGCAAAAGGAAACUAUGGACUUCUUGAUCUCAUACAGGCUUUAAGAUGGACUAGUGAAAACAUUGGAUUCUUUGGUGGUGACCCCUUGAGAAUCACUGUUUUUGGAUCAGGCGCUGGGGGUUCAUGUGUCAAUCUGCUGACUUUAUCCCAUUAUUCUGAAGGUAACCGUUGGAGCAAUUCAACCAAAGGACUUUUCCAACGAGCAAUAGCUCAAAGUGGAACAGCCCUUUCCAGCUGGGCUGUUAGUUUCCAGCCUGCAAAAUAUGCUAGAAUGUUGGCCACAAAAGUUGGCUGCAAUGUUUCAGAUACAGUAGAGUUAGUGGAAUGCCUCCAGAAGAAGCCUUACAAGGAACUUGUUGAUCAAGAUAUUCAACCAGCCCGAUACCACAUAGCCUUUGGACCUGUGAUUGAUGGUGAUGUAAUACCAGAUGAUCCUCAGAUAUUGAUGGAACAAGGAGAGUUUCUCAAUUAUGAUAUAAUGUUAGGAGUUAACCAAGGGGAAGGGUUAAAAUUUGUUGAAAAUAUAGUAGAUAGUGAUGAUGGUAUAUCUGCUAGUGAUUUUGACUUUGCUGUUUCCAAUUUUGUUGAUAAUUUAUAUGGAUAUCCAGAAGGCAAAGACGUUUUGAGAGAAACCAUUAAAUUCAUGUAUACCGAUUGGGCUGACCGGCAUAACCCUGAAACCAGAAGGAAGACAUUACUGGCUUUGUUUACGGACCAUCAGUGGGUGGCACCAGCUGUAGCCACGGCAGAUCUUCACUCAAACUUUGGUUCACCCACAUACUUCUAUGCUUUUUACCAUCAUUGCCAAACAGAUCAGGUUCCAGCUUGGGCUGAUGCAGCCCAUGGAGAUGAGGUUCCGUAUGUACUAGGAAUACCCAUGAUUGGUCCUACAGAGUUAUUUCCUUGCAAUUUCUCCAAAAAUGAUGUGAUGCUGAGUGCAGUUGUAAUGACUUACUGGACAAAUUUUGCUAAAACUGGUGACCCAAAUCAACCAGUUCCUCAAGAUACAAAAUUCAUCCAUACUAAACCCAAUCGCUUUGAAGAAGUAGCAUGGACCAGAUACUCCCAGAAAGACCAACUUUAUCUCCAUAUUGGAUUAAAACCAAGGGUUAAAGAGCAUUACAGAGCCAAUAAGGUGAACCUCUGGUUGGAGCUGGUACCUCAUCUGCAUAAUCUCAAUGACAUUUCUCAGUAUACCUCGACAACAACUAAAGUGCCAUCGACUGACAUCACUCUCAGACCUACAAGAAAAAAUUCUGUACCUGUCACAUCCGCCUUUCCCACGGCCAAGCAAGAUGAUCCCAAACAACAACCAAGUCCCUUUUCAGUGGAUCAAAGGGACUACUCCACAGAGCUCAGUGUCACUAUUGCAGUCGGAGCAUCACUGCUCUUUCUGAACAUCUUGGCCUUUGCAGCCCUGUACUACAAAAAGGAUAAGAGGAGACAUGAUGUUCACCGAAGGUGCAGCCCUCAGCGCACGACUACCAAUGACCUGACCCAUGCCCAGGAAGAGGAAAUUAUGUCUCUCCAAAUGAAGCACACUGAUUUGGAUCAUGAAUGUGAGUCCAUCCAUCCACAUGAGGUGGUUCUUCGGACCGCCUGCCCCCCAGAUUACACACUAGCUAUGAGAAGAUCACCUGAUGAUGUUCCCUUAAUGACACCCAACACCAUUACGAUGAUUCCCAACACUAUACCAGGGAUUCAGCCCUUACACACAUUCAAUACAUUUACUGGAGGACAGAACAAUACUCUGCCCCACCCCCAUCCCCACCCCCAUUCACAUUCAACAACCAGGGUAUAGCCAGAUAAGAGAAACAAACUAUUUUUUUGAUGGAUUACAGUAAAAGAUUACUGAAGAUUCCUUGGCUUUCAACCUACAAGACUCUCGCUAUUUAAAUAAGGAGGAAUAUUAUGUGAAUAUACAUAUCAAGAACUUUGGGGGUUUUGAAAAUAUGAAUUGUACAUAUAUACACAAAUCAACUUUAAAAACAAAUUGCAAUUGCUUGAAGCAAUUGUUCUGAAUGAUACUUUUUCAUUCACAUUCAAGAAUUAAUUUUUUGAAGAUUUAAGUUACAUAAUGGAAUUAGGCAUGUGGAACACCAAACAGGAAAGAACUAUGUCUGAAAUAUAAAAAAUAAAAAUUAAAAAACAACUAUGAAUAUGCACAAGGGACACACCAAUGGAAUAUCAGAUAAUUUUCACCAGUUUUUAUUUGGAGCCGUUUUAUUGUGUAGACCAUAUUUACAUAUUUGGAUAAGUACACAAAGCACCAAUGCUGUUAAUGGCCUUAGCAGAGGCUCAUGCUGAAAUCUGCCAGUAAAACAAAGAAGUUUAAAGACUGGCAGGUACAACAUUAUCACAUAAGUGCUGUCAGUAUAAAGUUGUUGGGAUAAAGGAAACUGGAUAUUUUUAGCACGAUGUGCAUGAUAAUUUAUAUGCUUGGUGGCUGUGCUGCUGAUUAAGCCGUAAUUAAAAUUCUUCUCAUCUCAUUGGAGUUUUUAAUAGAAGCUUCCUCCAUCAAUUGGCAGAACCUAAAGAAGAUUUUAAGGGGCAAAAGUAAUUACAGUAAAAUAAGUCACAAUAGUGUCAAUAAUAGAAGGGAUUAGUUAUUAAAGGUAUUUGAAGAAACUAUAGGUAUAGUGAUGAUACUCGCUGAUAUGAAUCCAAAAAAAAUUUCCUGUGUUUUAAUGUUCUUUUCAUUCUCAUCUAAAUCAUUUAUAGAAAUAUAACCCUAAUUGGACAUGCGUUACAGGAUCUAUAAUUUGCUGUGGAUUUUGUUACUCUGUAUUUUGUUCCUUUUGGCAAGGUGAAGUGUGUCCAAAGCGUUACUUGCAACAGUCUUUUAUGAUAUGAGGGUACCCCAAUGUUAUCACUCUGAUCACAGUUCUCAGUUAAUUGAUUUACUCAUGUUGCAUGACAAAAUGUUUAAUAAUAAUAAUUCGGUGUAAAGUUAUGUCCCACUUCACAUCACUUAACUUUCUCACUGAGGUUCAUUCACUAGAAUUUACUCACACAAUCUCAGUAGAGUACAACAUAGAAACAGAACCUAGGAAAGUCGACACCUGGAAGAUUUUAGUCUUACACGUAUGUGUGAUUUUAAAUGAAUUUCUAAGAUCACAGGAAACUCAUCUCCCUGUUGUUUACCAAUAAUAUGAGUAUAUCACAGACCUUUCCAAAUGUUUAUAUAUGUAAUCAGAUGUACAUUUAUAUUAAAAAAAAGAGAUGGACUUAAAGAGCACAUCCUGACAAAUACUUUCUCUCUUACCUGUACUAUAUUUCUAUUAGACUAAAGUUAUGUGAUUUUUUUUUACAUUUUUUCAGAUGACUAGCAAUUUUGAUAGUUUGUAAGAUAAUGCAAAGAACUUUCUCUGACAAACUAACUGCAGUAACAGAAACCUUUCUUUUCAGUUACUCUUUUUCAAGAAUGAAAGCUUAUUAUACAAAAGAAAAAUAUUGUAUACUACUUGAUGGAAACAACUUUGUACAUCUUGGCCAUGUCACUGGUCAUUGCGUGAAAUAAAGAUAAUCUGGAUAAUGACUAUUAGUCAAAUGCUAAGAGACAUGAUCUUUGCUCAUUAAAGAGCUAAAAUGUUUAUUGCUGUUUUGUCUUUUUUUUAAAUCAAAUACAAAAACAAAAGGAACAUGACUGUCUCAAAGAAUCAUUUCUGUAGACCUGUCCGGUUUUUGAAGACAUGCAAGUGACUUCUACAGAAAACACAACUAUGUGUUUAAAGGCAAGUCUUAGCAAAGAUGAAACAUGUGAAGGUUUGAUGUGAUAAAUUUCUAAGCUUCGGGAACUGAUGAAAAAUACUAGCUUUGUAUUUUUAAGUACCCCUUGUGUGAAGGUGUUGUAGAAGGAAAGUGUAAUUGUUUAGAAACACAGGUUCAGUUAGAAACACAGGUUCCAUUUUUUGAUCAUCAGGGGAAAGGUCUAUUGGAAAUAAAUAUGUGAUAUUGCAUUACAUAAAAAUUUCUAGGUUUAUAAUGCAAAGAUAAUUAAACUAUCAUAAAGUAAUAGAUAAAAGAUUAUCCUAAGAAAAAUUUUAAAGUGCUGAGCAAGGCAUUAAACUGACACUAGAAGAUAAAAAAAUUAUUUCAAGGAAUUUAUUUGAUUAUAAUUUCUCCUCCCAAUUAUUAACUAUCAGUAAAAUAUAGAUAUUGCUCCAUAAUUUCAAAUAAAAAUCUGUUAGAAGCAAAAAAGUCUUCAAAAUCCAGAGUGGUCUGUAUUUAAUUUUUGCCUGGUGUGGUUAUGUUUUUAGAAUGUGAACUGCCAAUGUAUACCAAUAAAAAGAAAUGUUUAGCAUCUGAAAUACUGUUUAAUCAGAAAACUUUUACUAUAUUAAUUAAACAAAAGGUAAAAACAGAAAGAGAAGUGCCAACUAAAUAAGAUGUGAAUGAAUACUUUCAUAUGCAUUGCUUCACUUGACAAAACCAAGCAUUCAAUUGUGUUUUAUUGAUGGCCAUAUUUCUGUCUACAUACUUACUGCUCUACGUUUAUCGAUCAAUCAAUCUACCUGCGUAUAACAUAUCUGACAUCUACUUUACAUUAAUUUAGGAAAAUGACUUAGGAAAACAAAGCAUAACCCCCUCUUUUCUCUAAAUUAAGAUAGCAUCUAUAGAAGAUAAAACAGCCAAGUUUUAUUGUUAUUUUCAAGUCAUGUGAUAAACUCAUUGUGAAUGAGUGUUAGCUGUUAGUUUUAUAAUUAUACCUUCUGGUUUUCUGAAUGUAAACUGAUGUCCCAUGGUCAGCAGAAUAUUAAGAACUUUGUUUUGAAAUUUUAUUUUUUUAUUAGUAGAUGUUUGCAGUAAAUAUGAUUAAAUUUUUCAUGGAGAGUUGGUACAUGUACUGUUUUUAAAGCUGAAACUUAAUUUUCAAAUGCAAGAAAAAUCUUGAACAUUGUUAUUUAAUUUUAAGCAAUAUGUUGAAAAGUGUAUUCAUUUAGAUGAUGAUUUGCUUUAGGAUGAAAAGUAAGUACCAAAAUUAAAAUUCUAUUUUGGCAUUAUACAUUGGUUCAGAUCUUCCUGCCUUGCAUUAAAUUAUAACCAGGCAAGGGUGCUUAGAAUUACUAUGACUAAGCCAAAAUGAUCUCUAUUUCAUUGAUUUACUCUUAUGCAAAGUUUUUCCAAAUAUUUAUCAAAAGAUUAACAUUGUAUUAGAGUAUGAGAUAAGAGAUAUUAAGGUGACAGUUUUAAUACUUUCAAAUUUUUACUGAAAAUGUGAACUGUGAAAAUAUCUACUGCAGGCAUUUAUCAAAUUUCAUCAACUUUUAUGCAAAUUGGAACAAAAUUUGCUAAAACAUUACAAAUGCUCAAUUUAGGUGUAUCUCAGCUCAAAACAGAAAAAUCUGAGUAUAGAUUAUACCAAUCUUAAAAGCUGGUUAAAAAUAUGAUUUAAUUCAGAUUUCUUGAUCUGUUCAACAUGAAAUCUGCAAAAAUAUUUUUUAAAACUUUCACCAUAUGUAACACUAAGUAGGAAAAGAUGGUGGCAGUAAUUUCAUCACAGAAAUUAAAAGCCAAAACCCAAUUAUUAUUGCUAUAAUAUAUACUGCAACAACAGUUAUUUCACCUGUUGGCAUACUCAUACUGACACACAUAUUAAUCACAGCAAGAAUAUAAAGAAUGUAGUAAACGUGUUCUGGCUUUAAAGACACCACUACAUAGAAAUUACUGGGAUUCUUUGCUGAGUUUCACUGAAAUAUUUUCACAGGACAAAAUGACAAAUGGAAUUCUUAGGAAGCUGUCAAACAUCAUGGCAGUCCUUCGAUGUUAGUAAUUUUGUUUUCCACUGUGUUAUUGGUUCACAGUACUGGCCUUUUCCCUCAUUUCUAGUAAUUAGUUGUUAUAGACUAUCACUUUUUACUGUGAGUGAAAAUUAGAUAAUUUGUUAUACUUGUGAAAACAUGUUCCCAAAUAAAUUCAAUUAAUGGGCACUUCCCUGCUGAGAUUUUGUUAUCAUUCAUUUAAUUAUCUUACCAAGCUUUACUGUUACAGCAAUUACUUUAUCUUUUUAGUCAAUAAACUAAGGGAAUGUCUCCAAUAGCCUUAUACCUCUCCUGCACUUGAUAUGUUAACAACACUCGCUUCAGAGUUCCAUCAGAAGCCACUAAAGAAAUUUCCUACUGAUGUGAAACAUUUGGUUGGCCGACUAGAUUCUUUUUCAUAAGCAUUGUAAUUUGCUUUUAAUCUGGCACUUUACCGUAUUUAUAUGCAAGCCAGAAAGCAACUCCAUUCAGUCAGAGUUGUGGAGAAUACAGAUUGGAAUGACCAUGUGCAGGGCUUAAGUGCCUUUUCCUUCUGGAAUUUUGUUUAUAAAACUUAAUUCUUUUUAAUUUUCAGGUUUGGAUAAAUUGAUUUAAAAGAUAAAAUAGAAUGACUAUGUUAUCAAUUGCCAAUAAGACAUUUUUAUUUUGAAAUACUUGCUUUGAAUUUAAUUUUAAUAUGAUAUCAAAUGGAUUCAAAUGACUCUUUGAAAGAAUAAAGUCAAUUUUUAGAAAAUGAUAAUUAUUUAGCUAUCUGAUUUGAUGGUUCUUAUGAAAAAAAUUUAUAUCUCUAACAAACUCAAAUUUUUCCAAAUGAGUAAAUUUUAUUUAGAAGUCUAAAGUUAUUAGGAACAAGCAUUAAAACAUACACACACACACACACACAUAUAUAUAUAUAUAUAUAUAUAUAUAUAUAUGUAUGUAUGUUUUUUUCGGUCACACAUUAUAUGCUAUGUGGUAUACAGACAACCUUAUAUACUAUGUGGUUUGUAUAAUAUUUAUGAAGGCCCAUUCAGAUUUAUAUAUUUACAAAUAUUAUAUAUCUUCCUAAAUAUGUACUAAUGUGACAGAAUUUAGUUCUGCAUGGAAAGUCAAACCAAACUACUAGCAAUUUUGUUGGCACAAAAAAUGAAAGCUUUAAAUAAAGGUAUAAAGGUACGGUAACAAAAUCUCAGCAGCUGAAGUUAAAACAAAGGGACCAUUUUUGAAUGCCAUUUUCAGAGUUGAUAUCUAUAGUAGACAGUGUUUGAAAGGGUUUUAGUGUUUUUGAUUCAUCCUUUCACUGCACUCAUAUCCUUUAGCAAAUUAAUGGGACAAAUAUCCUGGUUUUGUCAAAAAGGCCAUUGGGUUGUCACUAUUCAAUUUGUGUUUGGACAUCGAUGACUUUAAUUAAAAUGCAUUUAUUGCCAUGAAUAAAUAUUACCAUGUUUUC